AUGACCAUCGACGUCGUAGCCUUGAUAUCGCCCAAAGCGGGCAAGGCGGACCGGGUCGAAGAAUUGCUCCUCCAAGCAGCAAAAGCAGUCAAGGCCAACGAGCCCGGGACACUGAGGUACCACUUGCAUCGCGAAACCAAGGGUGAUGCGCCUGUUUUCGUCAUGCUAGAGACGUACAAAGACCAAGCGGCAAUAGGCGCACACGCGAAGAGCGAUGACUUCAAAACCCUUGGACGCACGAUGAAGAAGGAGGAUCUGUUGGCUGAGCCAAUGAAAGUCAUCUUCACGAAAGAGGCAGGCGGUUACGCGAGUAAGCUGUGA